UCAAAAGAAUGAAUCAUUCGCGAACGGGCAUCGCUCAUUGCCCAGAAAAAAAAGUAAAUGGCGCGCUUGGAAUAAAUUGAAGGAUUUUUAACUUGUAUGCAUUAAGAUAAAGUAACGAGAGGAGCGUCGCCCACAGUAACGAAGUAAAAGUACCGUUUUUUCACUAAAAAUGUACUCGAGUAAGAGUAAAAGUACCCAUUUUUAAAUAUACUCUAAAAGUAUUAGUUACCCAAAAAAUUUACUCAAGUAAAUGUAACGAAGUAAAUGUAACUCGUUACUACCCACCUCUGCACGUAACGCAUGUUUAAAAAUCAAAAGGAGGCGCGGGUGUUUUUAUAUCACUGUAUUUCUGAAGGAACACUGUCUUUAGAAGAUGUUCGAUGUCAUUUUCAUUUCAUCUGGCAUGUUAUAUGCCUGAUAAAGCAGCGUUUGUAAGCUCAGCGCUGCUUUGUGUAACGUACAGCCCAACAGCCGUUUCCGGGGAAACCUCUAGUUCUCCUGCUUUAAAGCGCCUCCUGCUGGCAGAGAAUGAAUUUGCAUUUUUAAUAAGUCCGUCCAAGUAGUUAUCGCUGCAUCUCAGUCCGUCUGAUUUACGCAGCAAACAUAUUUUGCUUGUUAUCAAAACAUAAUCUACUCUAGAGGGACUUAGCUGUUGUUACUGAUUGUAUUUGGAAGUCUACCGGAAGUUAAGUUAGGGCCACAAAAGCGCGCAUGCGCAGUAACGUUUGUUUAUGUUGUUGCCGUUGAAACCGUCUAUACAAAUCCUUAGUCGGGGACACCCCUAGAUUAUUAAAACUUUAUAGUUUUUGUUAUAGUUAUCAUCCUUGGCGUGAAUGGGACUUUAAUCACCAUUACUCACCAUUAUUUACUCAAAAGAAGAUAUUUGGAGAAAUGUCUCAACAACUGAAGCGAGUUGGCUCCAGUGUUGUUUGGAUCUCAAAGUUCUUUUAUAGAGUGUUCCACAGAAGAAAGGCUGCCAAUCAAACUGUCUCAGCUAGGAAAAUACAUGUAACCUCUUCAAAUGUCGACAUCUUGUAUUUCCUGAUGAGGAUGAAAAGGACUGAGAGACUGAUCUGGAAAAGAAAAAAAAAAAAAAACUGCUUAUGACAAAUCAUAUUUGAGUGCCAAAAACAGCAUUUGUUCAUUAUUUCAUGUUGUACAUAAUGUUCUUCAUUUGACUGUUCUGUAAAUUAUGCUGUUUGUUGGUAAUAUUUUUUCUUUUCUUUUUUUUUAAUCAAAGAGGAAAAAAUAUCUGGUGAAUUACUUUUGCACCAGAAAUUAUAUGUCAACACUACUGACAUCACUCUUUUGUUUAUCAAACUGUUGAAAAAAUACAAAAUGCUGUAGUUAUAUAUUUUUAAUCAGUGAUGGUCGUCACAUUUUCUAGUACAAAAAAAAAAAAACAUAUAAUCAUCCCUAAAACAAUUUGCAUUUACUUUACUUUUUAUAACUAUUUUAAACACAGCAAAAAAUAUUAAGAAUUUUUUUUAGAGAAUAUUAAAUUUGUUGUUAACAAUAAAUUUAGCAAUUUUUAGAGAAAGAAAAAAAAAAUCAGGAAAAAAUAACCAAUUGAGUAAAAAAUAUAUUUAAAUAUACUUUUAUUCAGAAAACAAGUUAGAUUCUUUUAAAUAAACAAGUUUUUAAUAUUUUGCACAUUUUGUUUUGGAAGUAAAAUUAUCCUGCCCUACAGUAAAACGACUAAAAUACUGAUUGGUAAUAUUAUUUUUUGCAGUCUGGUAUUUGUUGACAUGAUUCAAUCAAAAUUGGUCUAAAAGAAGUGACAAGUGUUUACUACUGCAAUAUUAUUUCUGAGUCACUUGAUCUUCGACUUGGCCACUGCGUCAGUGCAGAGGGCAGGUUUUGAGAGGACAGUUAUAAACCGUAUUACGGCUGAUUCUCAAAAGAUGAGAGAAUCUCAUUACAUGAAACCUUGAGAAUAUGCUUGAUUGAUAGAAAGCUUUUAAGAAAUUCCUUGUGCGACUGUGUGCGUGUGUCGGAACGGCUGAGGCUGCUCAGCUAUUGGCUGUUUCUGGUACAUUCAGAGCAAGUCACAGUCUCUGUGGUUACAGAGAAGCAGAGCUUCAGCCAAGACAGAAUCGCUGAGCACGUACCCUGUCCUCUCUCUGCUCGUAUCACAACAAGGGAGCUACAACUGAGCCUGAAGAGGUGGAUAGACUGGAAGAGAUUGCAGGUUGUUCUCAUCCUGAGAAUCCAGAGCAUACAGAGCUGAAGUCCCUGUCUGAGCCUGUAACCAUGGAGACAAGUGAAAACUCCGGCACGGCAAACAUAAUUGACUGUGAAAUGGAAGUCCUGGAGACUGAGUUACCUGAGAGCAAGGACACAGGAAACAAAGAUGAACAAGUCUGUUAUGAUGCUGACAUUUUAGAGUCCAUUAGUACAAAAGUUAUGGAUGACAUUUUAGCAGGCUUACCUCCUACAGAGACCAAGGCUGAUGAUCUGGAAGAUGUUUGCAGUGCGAAAGAGGCGCUUGUCUUGGAGGAUACUCAAGAAGAACUUUAUCGCAAUGAAUCAAUUACCUCUUCAAUAUCCGACACUCCGUCAAGUGCUGAGAGCGUGUAUGAAAAUGAUGUUACGCAUAAGAGGCAAGAUUCAGUAAGACAGGAACCAAUGGAGAACAUAGCACCCCAACCAGAUGAGGUUGACGAUGGAGAUAUGUUAGACCAAUUGGGUAUAGACUCACAGGAAGCCAUCUUAGAAAGUUUUGGAUGUGAAGAUCCAGAAGAAACCAUCCUUGAGCACUACAUCCGAGAGGAAGUUCUGUCAGACGUCUCCACAGAGUCUUGCCAUGACCCAGACGAGCUAGAAGAGUGUCUUCGGGUCGAAAUAGCUGCUGCUUCAUCAGACAGCGAAACCGAUGAUAAAUGGAGGAACAUCUUCUCUUCCUCCAUAAAUAAGGAAGAUGAUGAUUCCUACCUUGACAGUCUUGAGCUGAGUGCACAAGAACUCUUUAUUCAAAAACCUACAGUUCAGAAUACUGAGGACAUUUCAAAGGAAACUGAAGAGCUGGAGACUCCGGUGGGAGAAGUACUAGAACAACCGGAAAAUGAGCCAGUUGACCAACAGCAAGAGAUAUCUUACAAUCCUUCCACACUCUUCCACGGGUUGUCCAAGAUUUCUGAAGACGACGAGGAGCUUGGACGAGGCUCAGCAACCCACAAGAGCAAUUCAUUUGAUUCCGUCAAAUCCGAUUCCAGCAAAAAGGUGCCGAAAGAUUAUUGUGUGAUUCAGGAAAUGAAAAGUGAGAACGUCAGCACGGAACAUGUGGAUUUCAAAGUUGCUCGCCAACAGUGGCUAGAGAUCGAAGAGCAAACUAAAAACUUGACACACCAAGCAAGCACACCAACAACUCGAUCUGGCACCUGCCAAGGUAGUCACAGUUUCAUGUAUACACCUGUCCGCAACAUCGAAAGGCCGAAGAGGGAUCUUGAGAGCUUGUCGCUUGUAGAGGAUUACGCACACACCCAGUUCAGCCCUUGCUCUGAGGAUUCAGGUCUGGACGACUCUAGUUACAGAUCACCGUUUGAUGACCCAGAGACCCCAAUUGAGAAGGAGAUUCGCCUAACCUUGGAGCGUGAGGAGAACCUGAGGCGUGAGAGGGGAAUGUCAAAAUCAUACUCCAGUGACUGUGUACAGAUAAGGGCAAGAUCUACCAACUUGAACCCUGGAAAACUAUGCCAAGAAGUCGAUGAGAAAAGGAAGAUGUUAGAAGAGCAGGAAGAUGAUGAUGGAAGUAUAUCUCUCAGUAACAAGACGCCUUCUUUCAUCAUUACCUCCUCACCAACCAAGAGCGCACAGAUACAAGACAUGGCCGCCAACAACAUUAUCAUUCUCGAGCCAGAGCCUUUCCCUCCAAGUCCAAGGCAUGGAAAGAUGGUGUCCUCCAAAUCUGCUGACUGGAGACCUGAAGAUACCCCUAAUGUCAUCAUUUUGGAGACAUCGAACCUCAUCAUUCGAAGUGCAUCUGAGUUCAACUUGAAUUCUGCCUCUGAGGAAUCCCAAGAGAAGAUGUUCCUCAACAACCCAUUUUUCAAGCUGCGGUCCAGGAGUUCGAUAUCUCUAGUUGAUGAGGAGAUUAAGAUGGUGAAGCAGCGAGAGGAGGAACUCAGGCGUCAAAGAGCCAGUGUUUACUCGAAGGAUCACUUCCUGAUGUCUCCAAACCGUUUGGACAGCUCAUUGUUUACAGAUGACGUGCCAAUUAAAUGUAAAUCAUCUCCUUCAUCUCCAAUGAAAACAUGCAGAAUGGAUCGUUCAGCUUUGUCAUGUGAUCAUCGAUUUCCUGAACCCUACACUGGAGGCCGACGUAAAAGUGCCAUGGCUCUGCGCUGGGAGGCAGGGGAGUUUGCGAACAAUGAGUAGAAAUGGACACUGACGUCAAUUUGCAGCUGUUUUACGUAAGCGAAUUUUCAAUGCUCAAACUCGUCUGUUUAUUGUGACAGCAUAUACACCUGCUACUGCUGCUUGUGUGACUUUGUUAAUGAUCCAGAAAAAAUCUGCAUAUGCCGAGAUGCCUAAAUGUUAUUUGAAUGUACCGUUUCAUGCAUAUUUGUGAUUCCUCUUUAAUGAGGUAUCUGGAGAGACUUAUAAACCAUAUUUUUAGUGUUUUGUCUACAAAGUUGAGGAGAAUAUGUAUUGUAUAUUCAUAUUGUAUUUUCUUGUAAGGCAAUGUUUGUAUAUCCCUAAAUUAUAUGAAAAUACGAAGCAGUAUUACAGGGGUUUAGGAUACAAUUUAAGUGAAAAUGUAUACAAAAUGGAUGUAUUUUGUUAAAUAUCACUGAAAAGAGUUCAAUUUGGUAUCUUUUGUCGAAGGGACAUUGUUUUUUAAAAUAAUUAAUCUGAAUUUGAUUGCUCUAAUAUAUAAUAUUCUGCAUCCAGAUUACAUUUCAAUACUUCAGUUACACUCAGUAUGAAAACCGUGAAUCUAUUAAGUUAUUAAUAUUAAUCUUAGAAAAUAAUCUAUUAUUUAAAAAUGACCUGUUGCUUUGUUGUCUACAGAUAAUGUGCAUAUUUAUGUCAAACCGCCAUGCUUAUAAAACAGUAUUGCUUGCU